AUGUCUCUUAAGCGGCUGUUUAAAUGGGGGCCUUUAAAGGGGAGUUCGAUACACGCGUACAUUACUAUACCGGGUGUGAUAGCUGCUUAUGCUAGUUUGGUGUGGUCUGCAGGCUUUGGUUAUUUGUUUUACACCAUUGCCAGCCUACCACAUUGGGCUAUAGGGAUGUGCAUUGGGUGCGGAAUUGGAUUUGGUGUAUUGGGUAUAGCGUGUAUCGGUAUUGGCAUCGGCGGCGAUUAUCUCUACCGGUACUAUAAAAAGCAAAAUAUUAAAUAUAGGACUCAAAUGUUGAGUCAGUGGCGGUUGGAGGAGGAGAAUAGGGUGAUGAGGCAUCGUCUCAAUCAAUUGGAGCCUGGUUAUAAUGUCAAUGACGUCAUGCGCAUUAAUUAUAUGGAUAAAAGAAUUGUGUUCGAUUUAAUCACGGACACCGUGCUAACCCAGGAAUUCCUCACAUGCGGUCCCACUCUCUGGGGUGUCAUUAAGAUAGCCAUAGAAUCGUAG